AUGGAGCAACGAUUUCCUGAUGUAGUAGUUCUUAAAAUCCUCUCCUUCCUGGAUGUACAGAGCUUGCUGCAGGUUUCCCAAGUGAACAAGGGCACUACAAUCUGGAAGAGCCCAGUGCAGCAGUGUUUUAUCAUUUCUAUGACAACGAUACCUCAGAGGCAUCUUGCAUUCACUGUGAAUUCAGAUGACACUCUCAAGGUGUGGAACUGUCAAGAUAAGGAUGCUCUGGCUGCUAUUACCAUGUCUGAGGACGUUCUUUCCAUGGAAGCCUUUCUCACAAAAGAUGGUCCGUUCCUGGUGUUGUGCAUUCUUUUGCAGAUUGUGAACUUCAACAGUGGCACUGGAGGGAGAGAUGGUCCUGUCCAUGUCGUCACCACAGCCACUGAUAAUUCUGUGAGUGUGUACACGUGGGAGAAGGAUGGGCGCUUUCCGUACCUCACACAGUGCUGUCAUUUACCGUACAUGGAAAGUGACUGGACACCGAGCUGCAAUGGCAUGCUCUUGCAGAAAGUGGGAGGAUGUGGCGGGAUUAUAAAAACUAUUGCCUAUCUCUCAGGAAGUGGCCUGACUAUGGGUAAAAAAGUGAGGUCGGUCAUCUGUGGUGUGUCUCUAACCAAAACACUUCAUGCCUGGGAUGUGCACACGGGCACUCCGAUCUGGGCAAGCCCAGAGCAAGAGCGAUACAUCAUUUGUAUGACAACCCUCCCUCAAAGGCAUCUUGCAUUCACUUUGGAUUCAGAUGGUACCCUCAAGGUGUGGAACUGUCAGGAUAAAGAUGCUUUGGGUACUGCAACCAUAUCUGGAUGUGGUCUUUGCUUGGAAGCCUUUCUCACAAAGGAUGGUCCAGUCCUGGUGGUGGGUGAUGAUCUUGGUUACAUCCACACGUUUACCGUGCCUGAUUUAAGGAAUAUCUCUAGGAUUAAUGUAUUUUCAUCUAAAGUAAAACAUCUAGUCUGCUCUCCUGACAGGAAAUACAUCAUUGCAGUUCGAUGUGACCAUCGUACCUUUCCAGAGCUCUAA